GUGGCGGAGCGGGCGCAGCAGAGCCGGCGGGAUGGAGCGGCCCGGGCGGGCUGCGGUGGUGGCGGGUGCACAGCCCCGCGCUAACGGCUGCAGCGGCGCAGGCCACGGCACGCUCCCAAACGGCUACGUGCGCGGUCUUCCCGCGCCCGACACACAGGUGAAUCAUGCUGUGCACAAUGGAGGAUUAUACAAAAGGCCUUUCAAUGAAGCUUUUGAAGAAACACCAAUGCUGGUUGCUGUGCUGACCUACGUAGGCUAUGGUGUUCUCACUCUUUUUGGGUAUCUGCGAGAUUUCAUGCGGCAGUGGAAGAUUGAGAAGUGUCAAAAUGCUACAGAAAGAGAAGAACAAAAGGACUUUGUCCCAUUGUACCAGGACUUUGAAAAUUUCUACACCAGAAACCUCUAUAUGCGCAUUCGGGACAGCUGGAACCGUCCAAUCUGCAGUGUGCCAGGGGCCAGAGUGGACAUGAUGGAGAGAGUUUCCCAUGACUACAACUGGACGUUCACGUACACAGGGAGAGUGAUAAAGGACAUCAUUAAUAUGGGUUCCUACAACUACCUUGGAUUUGCACAGAAUGCUGGGACUUGCCAAGAAGCAGCAGCUAAAGUUCUGUCCCAGUAUGGAGCUGGCGUGUGCAGCACUAGGCAGGAGAUGGGAAACUUGGACAAACAUGAGGAGCUGGAAAAGCUAGUUGCCAGGUUCCUAGGUGUGGAAUCUGCAAUGGCAUAUGGAAUGGGGUUUGCAACCAACUCCAUGAACAUUCCUGCUUUAGUUGGCAAGGGCUGUCUGAUUUUGAGUGAUGAACUGAAUCAUGCAUCACUAGUGCUUGGAGCAAGACUGUCAGGAGCAACUAUUCGAAUCUUUAAGCACAACAAUAUGCAAAGCCUGGAGAAGCUGCUCAAAGAUGCUAUUGUGCAUGGGCAACCUCGUACACGGAGGCCCUGGAAAAAAAUUCUUAUCUUGGUGGAAGGAAUAUACAGUAUGGAGGGAUCCAUAGUCCGUUUGCCUGAAGUGAUUGCCCUUAAGAAGAAGUAUAAAUCCUAUCUGUACCUUGAUGAGGCUCAUAGUAUAGGUGCCCUGGGUCCCAGUGGCCGGGGUGUAGUGGACUAUUUUGGACUCAAUCCAGAAGAUGUGGAUAUCAUGAUGGGAACAUUCACCAAAAGUUUUGGAGCUGCUGGAGGAUACAUUGGGGGCAAGAAGGAGCUGAUUGAUUACCUCAGAACAUACUCUCACAGUGCUGUGUAUGCAACAUCAAUGUCACCUCCUGUUGUGGAGCAAAUCAUCACCUCUGUGAAGUGCAUUAUGGGUGAAGAUGGUACAACUGUUGGGAAAGCACGUGUGCAGCAGCUAGCGGAGAACACGAGAUAUUUCAGGAGACGACUUAAAGAGAUGGGUUUUAUCAUCUAUGGAAAUGAAGAUUCCCCAGUUGUGCCUCUGAUGCUCUACAUGCCAGCAAAAAUUGGUGCAUUUGGACGUGAGAUGCUGAAGCGGAACAUCGGUGUUGUGGUUGUGGGCUUCCCUGCCACCCCCAUCAUCGAGUCCAGAGCCAGAUUCUGUUUGUCUGCAGCUCAUACCAAAGAGAUGCUUGACAGAGCUUUAAAAGAAAUUGAUGAAGUUGGGGACCUUUUGCAACUGAAAUAUUCCCGUCACCGUUUGGUACCUCUCUUGGACCGACCGUUUGACGAGACAACAUAUGAAGAAACAGAAGACUGAACUCCCUCCAUGUGCCUUGGUGGGAGGGACACACCCUGUGGGACACUCCAUGGCACGCAGGACACAGCAUCCAUGUACAACACAUUUAGGACUGCUUAGCAUAAAAGACAUUUCCUCACAAUACUGAAGUGGCCACGUGAGCUCUAAAUGGCAUUUUGUAAAUAGGGAGAGGAGAAAAAAGGCUUUGAUUCCUGUGUCUUCAGGGUCUGGCCCUAGAGGUGCUCGGCCUCAAUUUUUCGUGUUGCUUUUUUUAUUUUAUUUGUCUCAAUGAAUUCACAGCAACCUGAGCUGACUGUGGCUCAUCAGCUCAGACUUUGUAUGCCCCAUUAGCCUUGCAAAUGCUGACUGAGAUGUUCUGAGCAUGUGUGAUGCUGGCAUGGCAGCAUUUCCAGUGUCACUGCUAGGUGCCUGACCUUCCCAGUAAGGAGUAAGCUGACCUGUCUGUUCUUGGAGUCUUCCUAAAGAAACUCUGAAUUGCUAACUUUGACAUAUUUAACAAGAUGGAUAAUCAACCAAAGUUGCUUUUUCUUUUGCAGUUACUUGUGUUUAAAACAUAAAUUUAGCCUUUUUAAAAUAAAUGUAUUGUUGACAUGUCA